UCUGCCUAAGCUUUGGUCUCAUUUUCAUUGUUUUAGAAAUAAAGUUGAUCAAGAGCUGGAACAAGAUGGCGUCUGUGCUCCAAAAUGUCCAAGCAACAGUGGCGAGGAGAAAACACCGGCUCCUAGCUGACCUCAAUGAGGAUGAGAGCCCUGUGCCUGACAAAUUCAAGAGAAGGGCCUCUCUGAGUUCUCUCAAUACCAUUCGCAUGUCUUUAAGGAAACGGGUACCAUUAAAGCCAGUCGAGUUGAAUUUUCAUGAAACCCCAACUAGGGAAAGUCUGGAACCAAGGCAGAGGUGCCAAACUCUUCAGACUAUUAAAAGAACAGCAAAAUAUGCUUUUGGAACAGUGUCCCAGAAAAUACAGAAGUCUUGCCAAAGCCCAGUACGCUCAAUGGUGACCUUUCCAGCUGAAUCCAUCAGCAGAAGCUGUGCAACCAGUUCUACCAAAAAAAGAACUGCUACACCUCAAACACCUUGCUAUAUGAGUGUUACUCCAGCAGCCAGUUCCAAAGGCACUCCAAAGUCCAGCAAAAGGGCCUUGCUUGGGCCAACAAAGGUGUCAGAACAUAGAGAAUGGAGGGAUUUCUCAUCCUGGCUUGGUAAAAAUGCUCUCUCUCUCCGGAGAUCCAGAAGAGCAGCAGCACUGAAGAGCCCUUAUUCAUCUCCUGCUCCUUCCAGCAGAAAGAUAGAGUUUGACUGUGAGCUGGAACUGGUCUCCUCAGGGAUUUGCCAGUUGAAGCAUAUCUCCCAAGCAUUUGAUGAUGCCAUUGUGAAAGAGGAGAGGCAACAAGCAAUAUCGAACUACUACUAUCUAAUGGCACGAAACUCACAGUCUGUACAUCGAUCCCUGAAACCAUCUCAAGCUAUCAGAAUGCAAGCAAAGAAACUCCAUCAAACACUUGGUACCUAGACAGAGAUGGCUGUAACUAUUUUUUCAUGUUUCCAAGUUUAUGAGCACAUAUAAGGGAGAGGUCUGAAUAGCACCUGAAAGGCUGCACUCUAUACA